AUGGCAAUGCAUUCUUUAUCCUCUGUUUGUAGCUGCAGGUUAAGAGUGGCUACAGUGCUUGCCUUGUGUAUUCUUGUGCUCUUGAAUGCAAGCUCUUCUGCUGCUACCCGCUCAUUGGUGAACAGAACUAGAGCAAUCUCCAUGUCCAAUGACCAAGUUAGGAGAUACUUGAUCGAAAAUGGACUCGGCCAAACACCCCCCAUGGGAUGGAAUAGUUGGAACCACUUUGGCUGUGAUAUUAAUGAAAGUCUAAUUCGGCAAACAGCUGAUGCUAUGGUGUCAACGGGCCUUGCGGCUUUGGGAUACAAAUAUAUUAAUUUAGAUGACUGUUGGGCUGAACUUAAUCGAGACCAUAAGGGAAAUAUGGUUCCCAAGGCUUCAACAUUUCCUUCAGGAAUUAAGGCUCUAGCUCAUUAUGUUCACCAGAAAGGUUUAAAGUUAGGGAUCUAUUCAGAUGCAGGAAAUCUAACAUGCAGUAAACGUAUGCCUGGAUCACUGGGACAUGAAGAACAAGAUGCAAAAACAUUUGCUUCCUGGGGAGUUGACUAUUUGAAGUAUGAUAAUUGUGAAAAUAAUGGUAUAAGCGUCAGAAAAAGGUAUCCACCAAUGAGUGAAGCUUUAUUAAAAACUGGAAGGCCAAUCUUCUUCUCUAUGUGUGAAUGGGGAUGGGAAGACCCAGCAACUUGGGCCAAAAGUGUGGGAAAUAGUUGGAGAACAACAGGGGAUAUUGAGGAUAAGUGGACUAGUAUGACUUCCAUAGCAGAUGAAAAUGACAAAUGGGCAUCUUAUGCUGGACCUGGAGGAUGGAAUGAUCCUGACAUGCUUGAAGUGGGAAAUGGAGGCAUGAACACAGAAGAAUAUCGUGCCCAUUUCAGCAUAUGGGCAUUGGCUAAGGCUCCUUUAUUGGUUGGUUGUGAUAUUCGAGCAAUGGAUAACACUACAUAUAAACUUAUAAGCAACCCGGAAGUCAUUGCGGUAAACCAAGACAAACUUGGAGUUCAAGGAAAGAAGGUGAAAAGCAAUAAUGAUUUGGAGGUGUGGGCAGGUCCUCUAAAAGGUAACAAGGUAGCAGUGGUCUUAUGGAAUAGAAGUUCAUCAAAUGCAACAGUUACUGCAUCCUGGUCUGACAUUGGCCUGAAACCAGGAACUAUAGUUGAUGCAAGAGAUUUAUGGAAGCACUCAACACAAUCAUUGGUUUCGGGAGAAAUCUCUGCUGAAUUAGGUUCACAUGCUUGUAAGAUGUAUGUCCUGACUCCCAAAAGCUCUUAA